AUCUUCUGCUGUCAGGCAUUCCACCUCCAACUGGUGCUAUUUACUACUUAUGUCUGUCAACAUAAGUAGCAUGCAGCACACUAUGUUUACAAGAAAUGUUUUGUUACCAAACACUUCUCUCGUUCAUUAAAUUUGUUUGUUGUUAUAUGCGCAUACAAUAAACAUGUUUUCGACGGAGGAUUUCAUCUCAAAAGGGUGUUAGUAAUAGAAUUGCUAGGUUGUGCCUAGUUAUGGUACCCAUAUUCAAUAGUGAUUUAUACGGAUUCUAAUGAUGCGUCGUGACUGUUUGGAGUCUUUGAGAAUUCCUAAAAGCCUGGGAAAAUGUUGAAAACACAUCAUUCAAUAAACGCUAAGGGACAACUUUCAAGAAAUUUCCAGAGAGACAACAUAAUGUGUUACACUCUGAUGGGAUGGUUACACAUUUUAUUAUUAAAUUUAAUCAAGAAGAAAUAACUGGAUCAAUCAAUUUUAUACGUGUGCAUGCUGUUGGUCUUAGUGAUCCAACUGGAGCAGCGACAGUGGUUUAUCCACAUUUUACACCAUUCCCACCACCCAAUUCAUCAACAUUAAAUUCCAAUGAAAAUUCUAGUCAGUUUCCAAUUAAUACAACUAAUAACAGUAAUGGUAAUAAUAAUACUAACAAUAAUGGUAUGUACACAUCGAGUACAGCUGCGGCAGCAGCAGCAGCGGUUGCUGCAUUGACUGCCGCUGCUGCUGCUUCAGCUGGUCUACCGUCGAAUAUUAAAGAUUCCAGAUGGUUAACACUUGAAGUAUGCCGACAAUAUCAACGAAAUCAAUGUUCAAGAGAUGAAAAUGAAUGUAAAUUCGCUCAUCCACCAACACAUGUCGAUGUACAAAGUGGACGUGUAAUUUGCUGCUAUGAUUCAAUCAAAGGUAAAUGCCAACGUCGAGAUCCACCUUGUAAGUAUUUGCAUCCACCACAACAUUUACGUGAACAAUUAAUACAAAAUGGUCGAAAUAAUAUGAUUAUGAGAAAUGUACAGUUUCAAUUGUUACAACAACAAUUAUUAGCCCAAACUGGUGUUGGUCCGUUAGCAGCGGCAGCAGCGGCUGCUGUUGCAGCAAAUCCAACCCAAGGAACAUUAGCGAAUAAUUCGAAUUCUUUAAUCUAUACAACACCAGCGGCGUUAGCUCUCACCAAUCAAACUGGUGCACCAUCGGCUUAUCCACUGCUUAAUAUUGGAUUUAGUCCAUAUUUAAAUGCAAUUACAGCCAAUGGAAUGACAAGUUUACAUGGUGUACCAAAUUUACCAACACAUAUAUCAACUAAUACACCACGUCAUCUACUUAACACUAACAAUACAAUAAAUGGUUUGUCAAAUAAACGGUCUAGUCUACCAGAUACUAAAACUGAUUUUUCAUCAAUUUAUACUCCAUGUGGAUUAGUGACACAAGUAAAUGGAGGUAAAUUAAAUUCCCAAAAUGAUCAUCAUAAUCAUCACCAUCAACAAAAUCAACAUCAUCAUAAUCAUCAUCACAAGCUGAAUGGAUCAACAGGAUUGAUAAAUGGAACUAAUAACGAAACAGGGAAUAUCAAAGAACAUAGUCAGUCACCUGUAAUACGUGUUACUUCUGCUGUAUCAAAUACUAAUAAUUGUGUUGGAAUUGGGACUGUUACUGGUUGUAGUAGUAGUGGUGGGGGUAGUUCAGUGAGCAAUUGUACUAAUGGAAAUAAUACUAUGAAUGCAACAGCAGCGGCAGCCGCGGCUGCGGCCGCAGCAUUUUUCAGCCUUCAACAACAAUCACAACAACAGAAUUCCAUCGGUUUGGGUUUACCACCUCCACAGCCAGCACCACCAUCAGCAGCGGCAGGGGCACAUGGGAAUCCGAUUCCAUUGACAGCGGCAUCAUUAGCCGCAGCUGCGUCGUUAGCAGCCGCGGCUGCAGCGGCAAAUCGAGUUAUUGGACCGCAUAAUACAUUGUCAUCACAUUUUCCUGUUGCAUUACCCGAUCAUACAGGUUAUUUUCAAGCUCCUUGUAAGUGAUUAUUAGAAGAUAAAUAAUAUUAUGGUAUAGAUUUUAAUUUCAUACCAAAGUUAAUGUAGGGUUAUAAAUUAGUCAUUGAUAAUACAUGAUAACUUGUUAUAAAAUAUCUGUUGGUAGAAGUCGUCAUACAUCUCUAAGUGAGAAAAACGAGUAAUAAAUAAACUGGAUAAAAAACAGAUGAGGGAAAUAAUCUGAAUCAUAGUAAUAAGUUAAAUAUAUACUCAGUAGUGAGCGCCCUUCAGAGGAAUUCACAAAGUUUAAUUAAGGAGUUAUGAUCAAUGAAAUUUUAACCAUAUUUAGUGUGAGACAAUUGUCAAAGAUAAAGAUGGGUAUUAGUAAUUCAAUAUCUUGAAGUCACUGAUAUUGGGAAUAUUUUCCAUACUCUCCUUGUACAUCUUGAAGUUCUUAUAUUCGACUCGUAACAAGGUCAUAGCAGCGCACUGUUGAGGACUUCAAUAUUAAAAUGAAACAGUUGUUUAAUGUUUUUGAUGGAGUUUUGUUCUCUGA